AUAAAAGAAAUGCCAUGUGCAUGCACAAAAUGCUCCGCCAAGCAAUGGUACCUGAAUCAAUGAACCAAACAUAAGAAAUGAGCUUUCGAUCAAGAUGGACUUAAUGAAAGCCUUUGAUUCAGUGGAUUGGGAGUAGGGGGACCCUCUGUCUCCAUACCUUUUCGUGUUAGUCAUGGAGGGGAUUCCCUCCCUUCUCCAGCACACUAGUGGUCAGAAUGAGGACUUUGUUUUACAUCCCAACUUCAGAAGUUUGAAUAUCACCCAUUUGAUUUUUGCAUAUGGCUUGUUUGUUCUGUCUGGGGGUGAGUUUAAAUCCUCUCAGUUAAUUGCAGAUGCCUUAUCUGACUUCCAUUUGUUUUAUGGCCUAAAGCCUAACAUACAGAAAAGCUCCAUCUUCUUCUCAAGGGUUGAUGAUGCUACUAAAGUUUGUCUAGGAAGCACUCUGCCAACUCCUGAAGGAAGCCUUCUAGUGAAAUAUCUAGGGGUACCUCUAAUCUCAUCUAUACUCAAAGCUGCAGACUGUUAUCAAGAGACAGAGAAGAUUCUGGGUAGGAUUCAGUCUUAGUCUAAUAAGACCCUAUCUAAUGGGGCAGAGCUUAACUAGUGAGGUCAAUACUCUUUAGUAUUCAGGUCUACUGUUCCACCAUUUUCAUUCUGC